AUUGAGAGAAAAGUGGGGAAAAGGAGUUUUCUGUAAAUUCAUCUCCGUACCUAGCAAUUGCUCUUCGGAAUUUCUGCAAAACCAUUCAUACCAUAAGAUUACGCCAACGCAGCGCGUUUCAUUCACGACAUCAAAUUGCGCGUCAGCCAUCGAACUAACGGAGAGGAGGCCUCCUAAGCUAAGCUGGUUGAGAACAACGGAAAGUGCAAAAAAAUAAACUGAAAAAAAAUAACUUUAAUAAUAAAAGAAACGAAAUUUCCGCAGAAAAUUUACAAAUUACAAAUGAAAUAAAAGUUGCCUGCUUUAAAGAUCUUUGAAAGGAAAGCAAAGAAUUUUCCUUUCUGUAUCCUACUCCAGGGUUUGUUUUGUAUUUUCUUUUCUAGCCAUCCAAACAGAACGGCAAGGAAAAGGACCUUUUUGCCGGGGAAAAUUUUGAGGUUGUUGUUUCUUUUUUUUGAAUUUUCUCGGGAAACAAGCAGAAACCAUUGUUUUAUUGUAAAGGGAAGGGAAGAGAAGAUAAGAGCAAAGAUGAUGACGAUGAUGUCAUCAGCGACUUCCGCAGCAGCAACAAUAGCAGUAGACAAGGCAACGAGCGAUCUUCUAAUCGCUCCUGACUGGACUAUGAACAUCGAUAUUUGUGAUUCUGUUAAUUCUAAUCAUUGGCAAGCAAAGGAUGUUGUAAAGGCUGUCAAGAAAAGGUUGCAGCACAAGAGUUCUAAAGUGCAAUUACUAGCUUUGACGCUUUUGGAGACAAUGGUGAAGAAUUGUGGUGACUAUGUUCAUUUUCAGAUUGCUGAGAGGAAUAUAUUAGGGGAGAUGGUCAAAAUUGUGAGGAAGAAGGCGGAUAUGCUAGUGAGGGACAAAAUCUUGGCUUUGUUGGACUCUUGGCAGGAGGCAUUUGGUGGUCCUGGGGGUAAACAUCCUCAGUACUACAGGGCAUAUGAUGAGCUAAGGCGUUCUGGAGUAGUAUUUCCCAAGCGUUCAUCGGAUGCAGCUCCUAUCUUUGCACUACCUGCUACACGUGCAACCCUGAAUCACCCCGGUUAUGGAAUGCCAAGCAAUUCUUCUAGAAGGCUUGACGAAACAAUGGCUACAGAAAUUGAAAGUUUAAGUUUGUCUAGCUUGGACUCUAUGAGGGAUGUUAACGAGCUCUUAAGUGACAUGCUGCUAGCUGUAAACCCCAGUGACAGUGUGGCAGUAAAAGAUGAAGUGAUAGUUGAUCUUGUCAACCGAUGUCGUUCCAACCAAAAAAAGUUGAUGCAGAUGCUUACAACUACUGGAGAUGAGGAACUUCUAGCUCGAGGUCUUGAACUAAAUGAUGGUCUGCAAAGCUUACUUGCAAAACAUGAUGCCAUAGCUUCAGGUUCUCUCCUUCCAAUUCAAGUUACAAGUGUAAGCUCCAAGCCAACUGAAGCAAGUACCUCCAACAAAUCAAAUGAAGUGAAGAAUUCAAACCCAGCACCUAAUAUCAGUCCACCUGCACCAGUUGCUACUGUGACAAGAAGCCAGAUUGAUGAAGAGGAAGAUGAUUUUGCACAGCUAGCUAGAAGGCAUUCCAGAGCAGAGUCGACGUCUUCUCAGAGUACAUCUGCUGGAAGAAGUCAAGCUAUUGUGCCAAUCAAUAAUACUACUGGAACAACUUCAUAUGUGCCAACAGCCUCAGCCUCUACUCCGAGCAAUGCAUUAGCUUUGCCAGAUGCACCUGCACCUGCACCAGUUAGGACUACAAAAGAGCAGGACUUGAUUGAUCUUCUAAGCCUCACCUUGUCAACAUCAGCUUCCUUCCCCCCUACCCCUCCUACACCAUCUGCAUCUCACCAAAAUAUACAUCAGGUACCUGUUCCUCCUAGCACCGAAGGAUAUCCUUACGCUUCCCUAGCGUACCCUGGAAGUCAGGGACAGCUGCCAUAUAAUAGUUAUGUUGUUCCUUGGGCCCAGCCUCACCCUCAGAAAUCAUCCCAGCCGCAAGUCCUGCAACAGUAUCAUUCCCUACAAAAGGUACAAGUACAACCUCAACCCCAACCUCAAAUUGAUCCACAAUCCCCACCCCAGAGCCAGUUCCAGGCAGAACCCCAGACUCAAAUCCAGUCAAGUUCAUUGUCUCAGGCCCAACAUCAGUUCCAAACACAAUCCCAACCCCAACUCCAGUUACAGUCCCAAUCACUGCAGUUGCAGGCACAAUACAAAUCUCAGCAUCAAGCACAACAGCAAACUCAACCACAGCUGCAAGCACAGUCCCAAAAUCGAACCCAAUCAUUCUUACAAUAUCAGCCACAUUUUCAAUCUCAAUAUCCUCAAUACUCAUCUGGGUAUCCCCCUCCGCCAUGGGCCGCCACUCCAGGUAAUUUCAACGGCCAAAAUCACCUUUCGUCACCAAAUAACAUGUUUUCUACUCCCCAUGUGAACGCUGCCACAUCAAACCCCGUGAUAGGGAGUAGACCCUUUCAGCACGUUAACCCAUUCCCCACAAGAAGCAACGGAGCAAUGAUGAAUAGGGAUUCUUGGGCGGGUGUAGGUCCUAGGAACCCAGCUCCUGUGUCUGGACGGAAGCUCUUUAUUCCAUCAUACAGAUUGUUUGAAGAUUUGAAUGUGCUUGGAAAUGCCGAUGGAAGGCUUAAGAUGACAAGCAGUACAUCGCCUAGCUUGUCAGGUUCUUCUACGCAAGGUAUGGUUGGUGGAAGGAAGUGAAGACACUUUCGGCUUUAUGCAAGGAUAUGUCCAUGUGAAUACGGUGUAAAUCCGUAUCUAACGUGGAUUUAUCUUUUAAAUUGAUUUGUGAUUCAUUAUUAUUGUCAUAUACGUAUAGAUUUUCAUGGGUUGUGCCUAAGUUGUUUAUAGCCUCUGCCACCGCCACCGCCAUCACCACCGCCAUAGUUUUGAUUGCUACUAAAACUACCAAUUCGGUGCUCCAAUUAAGGUGAUUUCAUUAGAAGGCAACCAAUAUUCGGUCUAGAUUUAAGAAUUUUUCACUUGGGGCUCUUCCGUGACCAAUCUGCUUGCAAUACUUGAAUUAUUAUAAUGACAUUUUUUUUUUACAAAUUAAACAAACAGAUGGAACAAUGAACACACUUGAAAAGGAUGAAGACGAAGGAACAAUGUAAAAUCUACUUACAAGCAAUUUACCCAUUUAUAACAAAUUAUUUGACAAAGCCCCCCAUGAAUAUGUGGACGAUGG